AUGGGACUGGAUCCCACACUGUCUGCUCUCAACCAGACCUGGGUUAGCUUGGGGCCUGGGACCUUUGUCCUGCUGGGGGAACCUGGAAUGGACGCCUUGCAUGCCUGGCUUUCUGUGCCUGUGUGCCUGCUGUACCUGGCAGCUCUGGUGGGGAACACCCUUCUACUGGGGCUGGUGGCAGCUGAUAAGGCACUUCAGAGACCCAUGUACCAGUUACUGGGGCUUCUGGCAGCAGCUGACUUGGUUCUGGCUACAUCCACAGUGCCCAAAGCGCUGGCCUUGCUGCAGGGCCUGUCAGGUGAGAUCUCCUUCCAGGCCAGCCUAGCCCAGCUCUUCGUUGCCCACGUGGCCUUCAUUGCCGAGUCCUCGGUGCUGUGGGCCAUGGCUGUGGACUGCUACAUGGCCAUACCCCAGCCUCUGCGCUAUGGGGCACUGCGGGCUCAGCGCGUGGUAGGCAUCGUGGCUGUAGCUGCUGUGACCCCUGGGGCCUGUGUCAUGGCGCCCCCGGUGGCCCUGCUCCGGAGACUGCCUUACUGUGGGCAGCGGGCCCUGCCCCACACCUACUGCGAGCACCUGGGCGCGGCUCGAUUGGCCUGUAGCUACACGCGCCCCACCGUCUGGUACGGGCUGGCCACCACGCUGCUCUCUCCAGUCCUGGACCUAGGGCUCACAGGUGCUUCCUAUGCCCUCAUCCUCCGCACGGUCUGUCACCUGCCCUCCCACAGCACCCAGCGCAAGGCCCUGGGCACCUGCGGGGCCCCACCAGUGUCAUCACCCUCUUCUGCCCACCCGCCGUCUUCUCCUUCCUGGCUCACCGUUUCGGCCGCCACACGGUGCCCGGCCACGUCCACAUCCCCCUGGCUAACCUCUACGUGGUGGUGCCCCCUGCCCUGA